AGGACAAACAAGGUAGUUUCACUGCUUCUUUUUCUGUCUUAAAACAGAAGCCUCCACAAUGGGAGUUUAGUCAUUGGAUUCAUUUUCACGAAAGGUUUUGUUUGAUUGUUGCGGUCCUGUGAAGUAGCUGCUGGAGAACAGCGCAAGAUUUCCACAGACAAAUGGAUGAAGAAUAUUAUUCAGGCAAUUUAGAUGAUAAUUACUCAUAUGAAUACACUAAUGAAAGCAACGUCUGUGAAAUGGGUGACUAUUUCAUAUUUAACACCCAUCUCACCACCGUCCUCUACACUCUGGUAUUUUUGCUCAGCCUGCUAGGAAACACUUUAGUGUUAUGGAUCCUACUCAAAUAUGAAAACCUUACAUCUUUAACAAACACCUUCAUCAUGAAUCUUUGUGUCUCUGAUUUAGUCUUCUCCUGCAUGCUGCCUUUUUGGAUAGUGGACCAGUCUUUCGGAUGGAUUUUUGGUGAGUUCCUUUGCAAAGCGGUGAAUGCCGUUUUCUCCAUUGGCUACUACAGCGGUGUUUUCUUUUUGACUCUCAUGACUAUCCUGCGGUACGUAUGUGUAGUGAACCCCCUUUCAACUUUGAGAUCCCAGACACGGUGCUACAGUUUUCUGGUGUGCUUGGCUGUUUGGACUGUUAGCGUAUUAAUUGUGGUUCCCGAGGUGAUUUACACCACAGUGCAAGAAAACUUUGAAGGGAACAGGACCUGUGAUUAUGCUGACUGGAAAUGGAAAAAGGUGGACAUUUAUCUGAGAAACGUACUCUUCCUGUUUUCCUUUGGAGUUAUCGUAUUCUGUUACUUCAAGAUACUCAUAAUCCUGCUCAGAGCAAGAUCUCGCAGAAAGCACAGAACUGUGAAACUCAUUCUCAUUAUUGUGGUGGCUUUUUUCCUGUGCUGGGCGCCCUACAACGUCCUCAGCUUUCUGAUUAGCUUUCCACCAUCUACGUGUCAGUAUGCAAGGGAUUCCAUUCUUGCCUUUCACAUCAGCCGUAACAUUGCUUUCUCCCACUGCUGCCUCAACCCUGUGCUCUAUGUAUUUAUUGGAGUCAAGUUCAAGAAGCAUUUGGCACAGUUAUGCAGUCACUGCUCACACUGUGGCAAUGCUCAAGUCUCCAGCUCCAGGAUCUGCUCUCAAGGUAAAUUCCAGCACGAAGGUGCAUCCAUCUACUGAAGCAAGACCUAACUAUUAGGACUAGUCCUGGAGGAACCUUCAAAUUUUGCAUGCCAUAUGGGUAACCUCUAAUUCUUAGAGGCACUUGCCUGAGAAAGACGCACAAAUUUACUCUUUGUAAACAUUCUGUGUAUGGAAAAUAACAAAAUGUAUUUGCAGUGGGAUGGAGAGCUGAGAAUGCUGAGAAAUUACUUCAUUGGCCUGUAAAUCUUAACUUUAAAUUUUUUGCACAGUGAGAUGGAUUUUCUCUCACUUAUACUGUGUUUUUAAAAGAAAAAAGAAUUGCCUAUUCUUUUGGGCUCUAAAACAUCAAGUUUUAACAUAAAUAUUGUUGCAUAUCUCUUUCUUGCCAGACUUAAAAUACUUGGAUUGUAUAUAGCAAUGGACAUAUAAGUAUUUUAAUAGCUUUUAGUCUUUUUCAGUGCUUAUCAGUGCUAAACUCAUUGGACUUUCUGGAGGGGGCUUUGAGGAUUAACUGUCCUGACAAUGGCUACAAGACCUCUGAAUUUCUGAAGUUCUCAGUGCAAAUGUUCUUUUAUCUUUUGGUAGACAAAUAUAUAUAUAAAACUAGAUCAGUAUAAAGGCAGUAUUUUGGGUCUGAAAUGGAAAGUUUGGGAGAGUCCUAGAAGGAACACAAGCUGUUAAGAAGACACUUCAGUAAGGUACUAGUUUUCCUCCUGUUACUGCUCCUUGUUGCAGGAUUCUUCCAGUCUUUGAACACCCCCUUCAGGUGGCUGCAGCAGAUUGACAGCCCAUCUCCUGAGCAGUGCAGGAGCAUAUUUGCCUCUAAAUGCUCUUUCCCUCCUUUUCUCCCUUUGCAAUGGUACUGAAAAAGAAUUAAACUUCUAUAGUGCAAGAACAAAUGGCUUCAUAAAUAGCAGGAUAGAAAUAGCUUGCUUUAUUUGUAAAAUUAAUGUUUGGCUAUUUUUUUUAAUGGAAACUAAUAUUCUUCUUCCUGCUAGCUCAGUAGGUCUUUUUUCCCCGGGGAGGGUAACAUAUAGUGUGUACUCCGGCGUAGCUGAAUGACAAAGCCUCUGGAAACGAGAAUAUUUCAUUUCCUAGCAUUUGUAUAGAAAGCCAAGGUAGUUUUGCUGUGGUAUCAAGCAAUGAUUUGGCAGUGGUUCUAAGCAACAAUUUGGCUUUUUGGGCAUCCAUCUUAAAAUGUCUAUGCUUUUUCUGCACUAUUUCAUUUGAUCUCUGAAGAUCAUCUGGAGCAGACUGCAGAUUCUUCACAGCUGUUCUAUAGUUUACAAAAAGCAGAAACUCAAGUAUGCCCAUAGUACAAUAUCCUAUUUAUGAGUAAAUCCAGAAGCAACCUAAGGAAAAGCCUAAGAAUGGGGCAAACAUAUAUGGCAUAGUCCCAAAUAAUCUUCCUAGGGCUUGCCCAUGGUUUCUAGUUUGUGCUUCAGUUUACUUGCCAGAACAAAGUGAUCAUAUUAUGUCCCUUAUCAUCAGAUGAGCCUUUGUGAACAGAUCAGUCCUGGUAUUCCACUACUACAGUUACAGACCAAAACUUAAAAAAUUAGAGAGGUUACUAAUUAACACCACAGGGGAACUCACUCAUGUUCAAACAAAUCACAGAAAAUUAGAAGUUGUCAUUUUUGCUGGCUAUGGUAGAGACUUGCCUUUGGAUCUUGUCUCCUGAUAAGAAACAUUUGAAAUUAAUGUGGUUGCCUCCAUGCACUUCAAGACACUUUGGACUGGGGACUCAAUAGCAGAGAUAACCUAUUGAAGGACAAAUGAGUCCAAAUUCUUCUUCUGUUCUGGUAAGCCAGGACCACUUCACAGGCACCAGCAAAGCUCUACAAGAUGAAAAUACUGUGACCAUGAGCAUAAGAAGGCCUUGUGCACCUACAUCAUUUCAACAAGCUGUCAUUCAACUCAUAGACCUAGAGCCACACAACACUGAAAUCUUUACUGUCAAUACAUUUUAUAUUUAUCUUUAAAAAGUUGAGAAGUAUAACAGAAGCAUGGAAGACUGAAAUGAUCCUGCUCUGCCCAGUUUUUAACAAGUUAUUUUAAUCUAUUUGUUGCUUGAGUAUAUUUUGUUACAGUGUAUCUGAGCAUGUUAAGGGGAUGCUUAAUAUUACCUGACUGUAUUGCUGCCAUAACCAAAGUAAGUCAGAAUGUGGAUAUUUUGCCUCCUGAUAUAAUGAAGUGGUACUAAUAAACAUUCAGAAAUUCAA